AACCUUUCUUUUGCGGAACGUGUUUGUUUUGAUUCGUGCGUGCUGUGAAAACGGCAUUUUAAUUCUAUCAAAGCGCACGUAAAUUAAACAAAACAAAUAUGCCGAAAGUACGCAGCACCCCGGGCAAGCCCCGGACCCAGGGAUUUAAUCAUUCCAACCACUCCAUGAAUCCGGAGCGACCAAAGAGUGGACUCAAAGGUGUUGCGCACCCGAGAACCAAAGGCACCAUCAAGCGCCUGCAGAUGUACCGAAAUUUCAAGGCCAAGCGCGAUCGUACUGGUAAAAUCAUAACUCCUGCACCAUUCCAGGGUCGUCUGCCGGCUGGAACGAUGGCCAGAGUAGAGCCAACGCCAAAAUGGUUCAGCAACUCGCGUGUUAUUUCGCAGAAUGCAUUGCAAAAGUUUCAGGAUGAGAUUGGCAAAGCUGUCAAGGAUCCCUAUCAGGUCAUAAUGAAACCCUCACAAUUGCCAGUCACUCUGCUGAACGAGGCUUCAAAAUAUCAACGUGUUCAUCUGCUAGACACGGAGAGCUUCGACAGUGUUUUUGGACCGAAAAAGCAACGUAAGCGUGUUAGCCUCAAAGUGCGAGAUCUGGAAGACUUGAGUCGCGCAGCCGAUGAACAGGCCGACAAAUAUGAUUCAACCAAGGACGUUGAUCUUAUACGCGAGGACACUGGCGAAAAGAAAUCUGUCAGGGAUUGGGUAUUCGGUGCUGGCCAAAGUAAACGUAUUUGGAAUGAAUUGCACAAAGUUGUGGAUGCAUCUGAUGUAUUGCUGCAGGUACUCGACGCGCGUGAUCCAAUGGGCACUCGCUCCAAAUACCUUGAGGAGUUCUUGCGCAAGGAAAAGCCGCACAAACAUCUGUUCUUCAUUCUGAACAAGGUGGAUUUGGUGCCCGUGUGGGUGACCCAACGCUGGGUGGCAAUCCUAAGUGCAGAGUAUCCCACAAUUGCCUUCCAUGCCUCCCUCCAGCAUCCCUUUGGCAAGGGUGCACUUAUCAACUUGUUCCGCCAGUUGGGCAAACUUCACAUGGACAAGAAACAAAUUAGCGUUGGCUUCAUUGGUUACCCAAAUGUGGGCAAAUCCUCGGUCAUAAAUGCCUUGCGCUCCAAGAAGGUCUGCAAUGUGGCACCGAUUGCUGGCGAAACCAAAGUCUGGCAGUACAUAACGCUGAUGAAGCGCAUAUUCCUAAUUGAUUGUCCUGGAGUGGUCUAUCCCUCGGCAGAAACGGACACGGAGAAGGUGCUUAAGGGUGUUGUGCGCGUUGAGCUGGUCACCAAUCCAGAAGAUUAUGUAGAGACAGUGUUGCAGCGUGUGCGUAAGGAGUACAUUGCAAAGAACUACAAAAUCGAGAACUGGACGACGUCCACACACUUCCUGGAGCAGCUGGCCAAAAAGUCCGGUAAACUGUUGAAAGGUGGCGAGCCAGACAUAACGGUGACUGCGCGCAUGGUGCUUAACGAUUGGCAGCGUGGCAAGCUACCCUUCUAUGUGCCUCCCGAAGGCUUUGCCAUACCCAAAUCCCAAGAGGGCAAGCCAACAGAGGAGGAAGUACCUGACGUUGGUGAUGUAGCUGUUGCUGAUGAGGAUGCCGAUGCUGAUGGCAAAUCAGAGGCGCCUACAUUUGUAAGCGAGUCGGUGAAAAAAGCGCGCGAGUUUAAGCAAAUUCAAGACUUUCGUAAAAUUCGCGUUGGUCUGGAAUAUGAGCAGCAGGACGAGCGCGAACUGGACCACAUUGACCUGGAGCUAUUGGAGCAACAGAAAGCAGAGCGUGCCGCACGCAAGAAGGCACGUCUUGUCAAUCCUGACGAUGAUGUAGAUUCUAGUGAUGGUGCCAGCGAUUUCUAUUCCGAGGAUGAGUACAAUGAGGAUCUACAGCGUGUAGUCCACAAGAAGGCCAAGGAAAAGAAAACCCAAAAUUUGGCAAUCACUUCGUCAGGGAAAUUCCGUGUGGCCAAGGUUCAACCCGGUGAUUCGGAUAAUAUGGAGGAUAGUGACGAUGAUGGUCCUAGUAGCGCCAAAGCACCACGCCUUACGGCAAAACAGAAGCGUGCACUGGAACGCAACCAGAAGCGCAAGAAAAUUGGCAGCAAUUUCUAUGAGAUGACCAAUGUGAAGAAUCGCAAUCGCAACAAGAAAAAGGACACGUAGCAUUGUUAAUCUCUAGGUUAUAUAUUUCGUUGCAGAGAACGCUACAAAUUACUAAAUUAAGACUCCAGAAUACAACUGUUUGCCCCCACAAA